AUGAUCGCUUUGUCCUGCCACUGCCACUUCCAGUCGAAGGGAAAUUGUCCAAAGAAAGGUGAGGAUCUUGUCAUUUGGAAUUGCUGGGGCCCCAAAGAUGUUGUCGUGUCUGUCAGUGUGCGGUUGAUGGCCUGGAUCCAAGAGGAAGCGAAAGACCCAUGGAUCUGUCGCAGCUGCGGCGAUGUCAUUGCGAUGUCAUAUCGAGGGGCCUUCCUCCUCGACAACCACCUGCGCACCUUCGCACCUGCCCUCAAGCACAAGGGCUUGGCGCCGACUUGCUCCCACUAUACUGCUGGACUUCCGUGCCCACAUUUCACUUGGACUUCUCCUUGCACAACGCAUCGACUUUCUCUGUUUGACAAGAAUCUCCAAGCUUUCUUGUACGGGACAUUUGUCAAGAUGUCGAGUUCUCCUAAGGACUCUCCUAAGCGUGCUACUUCCCCCAUGCGCGCAGUUUCCCCAGAUCGUGCAGCCUCGCUCGAGCGAGAAAUCUCACCCAAGCGGGCUCCAAUCAAGAUCAAUGCCAACGGCGUGAUCUCGGAAACCCAGGACGAGAGAUGGCCCGGGCAUCCUGCCAACGCACUGUACAAGGGCAGUGACGAUUCUGAGAACAACAGCACCGAUGUCAAUGAGCCUGAUCGACUGUCCUUGAAAGGUUUACCAAAGGACUCCAGAGACAAGACCACUGUGACUACAACUGCGACAGUCACACCCAAUACCGAGCCUAGAGAGUCCCGAGGUCGCCGUCCAUCCAUCUCUCUCUAUCCCGGUACCGGGCCCCAUGGAAUACCACUGGAAGGGAAGGACGGGGGCUGGAAGGACCAUCCCAGCCACAUGCUUUACCAGACUCAAGGGAUUAACCACAACGGUAUUAAUAUACCUGAUGCAACCGAAGCCUUCAUCCUUGGAGAUAAUGAGAAGAAGAUUGAAGAGAAGAUCGACACUCGUACUCCCAACACUGUGAUCUUCACAUUCAACAAGGAGGAUCACACCCUCGCCAACCUUCUUCGCGAGAAGCUUCUAAAGAACAGCCAUGUUACUUUCGCUGCCUACCGGGUCCCUCAUCCCCUAUUUGCCAAGUUCGAACUCCGCGUCCAAACUGAUGGCGAGAUCACACCCAAGGAAGCCAUUGUUGCCAGUGCUGGCGAUACGAUCUCUGAGCUAAGCAGACUCAAGACUAACUUCACCCGCGAGUACGAAUUGAGAAAGAUGGUUGGCAAUGCUCAGAAUACCCAGUGA